AUGGCCGCAAGAGAGGGCCCCAAAGCUCCAAUCAACCGCCAAACCACUGCGCCAUUCCACCUCAAGCUCUUCUACCGAGUCAACAACUACAACUCCCUCGCUGACUACAGCAUCCCCGCUCCCUCCCGACGCGGCGGUCCGGUCAGCGGUCCAAAUUCCAUUCGCCCAACAUCACCCGCUCCUUCGACCCUCCCACAACAUCUUGAGAUCUACACCUGGCAAUCAUGCACGCUUCGCGAACUCUCGCAGCUUCUCACUUCUGCAUUGCCUAGAUUACUCCCCGAGCCACCCAUCGGCACCCGCCUGUGCUUCCGGCUGAUUUAUCCCGACGCGCGCGGCGCAGCAAUGGGCGGACCCGAUGCGCGAGGUCGGUAUCUGAGUCGCGAUCUGGGAAGCGUUGUCGUUGCACCGAAAGACACACCGCUUCGAUCGGAAGAGGAUCAUGAGAAAGAGGCUAGACCCCGUAUUCGGUUCCAGGGCAAUGAGGCGGAUAAACCGCUCCACGACGAACGAUUCAUUGUCGGAGAUUACAUUGAGUGUGCUAUUCUGCCUCCUCUCGAUGAUGGCUCGGUUGCGCCGGUGCUCAGCGGUGCAUCUGGUCCUAUGUCCGGUCCUCGGGGUGGGGGUGGUAUGCGCGCAUUCCGGGAUAAUGGAUUUGGCGGUUAUCCGCGUGGUCCUCGCGGCCCUGGCCGUGGUGGUCCCCGUGGUGGUGAUCGCGGGCCUCCACACAUGCCUCAUGGCGAUUGGAAUCGUGGAGAGCGGUUGCCGGAUGGUGGGCGCCGGGGAGGUGGAGGCGGUCGUCGAGGCUGGGGGCCGUAUUAA